UCAACUUGCUCUUCUUACUCUCCGUUCUCCACCUCAGUUUCAAUUAUACGUCUUUGAUGUUGCCGGCGUUCAUUUUUAUGUCUUGGAUUGGUAUCCUGCUGCUCGCUUCUGUGGCCGUUUUUGUGCCUUGUGCCAAGAAGAAGAAGAACCCCAAACUCAAAUCUUCACAAAGGAGUAAGAUGCAGUACACCUCAAAGAUGGAUUCAAAGAUGGGAGGAGCAUCAAGGAAGAUAGACUCGCCUCAUUCUGUUAUGACUUCUGUCAAGACUGCUGCCCCUCGUUCUCCGGGAAAAUCCAAAAAGCAGAAGGACCUCAACAGCACCGGGACUGUCAGGCACAAGCUUACAAAACUGGAGCCGGAUUUGGGUUCACGCAGCGACACGGACGAAUCUGAUGUUAGAUCGAGGGAGACUGGACAGCGGACACGUGAAAGGGACGCUUUUGAAGAAACGGGGACGCUUGAAUUGCAGGAGAGGCUCAGACGGGAGGUGGAAGGCACAAAAACGACAAAGCUUCCCGGUCCUCCUCGUACACAAAUAACGCCGACCAAAUCCCAAACAGUGACGACAUCAGUUAUGGGGAAAACUGCCACGUCCACCACAACCAUGGGAAAGACUGCCACGUCCACAACAAUUAUGGGGGAAACUGCCAUGUCCAAAACAACAAGAUCGGCCUCUCUACAAGGUUCAACAGUGCUCGAAGAAAGAAAGCCGGUCCAAGUCAACAGAGCCGCGGGUGUUCGAUCAAAGACAAUUUCGCAGAUCGGAACAGGACAAGAACAAAGUCAACAAGAUGAAAAUGAAGUCAGAAAUAAUAAAGGAGGUGGAAAAUCUAAGGAUAAAACAGGAGAGGUGACAGAAGAAGAAGGGACGACGACAGUUUUUGGCAAAAUGAAAAAAACGAUCCAGAAAUUGAAAAAGCCAUAG